CACAAAGGUGUCAUCGGGCUGGUGGCUUUGUACCUGGUGUUCGGUUAUGGAGCCUCUCUCCUCUGCAACCUGAUAGGAUUCGGCUACCCAGCCUACAUCUCAAUUAAAGCCAUAGAGAGUCCCAACAAAGAAGAUGAUACCCAGUGGCUGACCUACUGGGUGGUGUACGGUGUGUUCAGCAUUGUCGAAUUCUUCUCUGACCUCUUCUUGUCAUGGUUCCCCUUCUACUACAUGCUGAAGUGCGGCUUCCUGCUGUGGUGCAUGGCUCCCAGCCCGUCCAAUGGAGCGGACCUGCUCUACAAACGCCUCAUCCGUCCUGUCUUCCUGAAGCACGAGUCCCAGCUAGACAAUGUGGUGAACGACUUGAAGGACAAAGCCAAAGAGACUGCAGAUGCCAUCACUAAGGAAGCCAAGAAAGCUGCCGUGAAUUUACUGGGUGAAGAAAAGAAGAGCACCUAAACCACUGACUGGAUGGACCGUUCUGCCCUCUCUGUACCUUCUGUUAGAGCUUGAUGUCAUAUUAGGAACUGUGGUAUAAUCACUUUAAUAAUGUUGCCUUGGAAGCAUUUUUGAUAUAUUAAAAAAAGGAAUGUGUUUUAAGUUUUUGCUUACUUUUACAGUCUGUAUACAUAGAGAGCAUUUUAACUUAAAUUUAAUGCAAUGGGCAGUGUCCAGAUUUUUUGAAAAUGUAUUUUACUUCAGGGUAGGAAAAGACGUUACCAUCCUGCAGGAACUAUAAACUUAAAAAUGUAUGUACCCCCCAGGCUUUGUACUUCAGUGGGCUCUCUCUGCAUGCCUUUUCUCUGUAUGUGUAUUUUAGGAUAGUCUUUAAGGUUCUCCUUCAUGUAUUGUACAAUUUUGUAUUAAAUGUUUUUCAUGUAUCUGUGCGUAAGUAUGUAGGGAAAUGUUACUGUCUGCUGCAUGCAUAAUGCUCAUGGGAGUACCUGCCAAAGGCUGAGGGUUCCAUUGUGCUGGUGUGAUCUGUAAAAUAAUACUUCAGGAAAUUAAUACAAAUGCAUAAUGUUUCAGAUGAACAGUUAAGUGAUAAAUGAGGUGGAAUAGCUUUGUAAAGCAGUUUAGUGAUAAAUGGGGAAAUGUAAACAUACAUCAUGCUCCCAGAUCCUGAACUAGUAAUGUUGUCUUGUAGCUUUUUAAAAAUUGGCUGAUAACUUUUGAUUUGUCUGUUUUUAAGAUGCUAUAGAGGAAACCCUCCCUGGUUUCACCUUCAUAGCUGCGUAACAUGUUGAUUCAGUCUUGUUUCUUUCCUAGUCUUUAUAAACAGUUCAAGGAACCUCCAGAGACUUGCCCACCUCUGAUUCACAUGUACCUUCUUGUUUUUAUCAUUAGCAACUACAUGCUAAUGAUGACACCAAGCUCUACGAGCAAGUCUCAGAGAAUGAAAGGAAGUAUGAUAUAACCCGUAAUCCAGUUGGCAGUGGUUAAGGAAUCUGCCCUCACCUUCUUCCCUGGCCUUUAAGGUCAAACACCAGAGGCUUCCCUAGUUUACAAGACAGAAUCAUUUGUAGUCCAUUUAAAUGCCUUCAUCUUUAUGCUUUGUUUUGAUAAACUGCAUAUAACCUCAUAGUUCAAGUACAGAACAAAAAGUUAAAAUUAAUGUCACUAACUUGAUUAGCCAAAUAGCUUAUAGGGACCUUGACAACUUGUCUGUACUGGAGAAUCUGAACUUUACACCCACCACACUGCUGGGAUUGCUGGGAGCCUUCUGAACCAGACUAAACUAACUAAAACAAGAGUAUAACAAAACUAACAAAAUUAAAUAUCCAGGCCUGUAAAAUAAUUUUGAAGGCAAAUAAAGAUGAUUAAUUCUCUUAGAUAAUGAUUAGGUAAAAUCAUAACAAUGUCUCAUUAUGUAAAAAGUAUCACAGGUAUCAAAAAUAGAGACAGUAUCACCCAAAUAUUAUACUAGGGAUGAAGGCAUUUAUUUUUGGCGGGAGGAUGUGAUGAUGGUACAGCAUCUUAUUAUACUUACCUUAAAAAAAACUUUUAGAAAGUAAACAAUUCGUUGUUAUUGGAAGAAAAUCAAGCCUUAGGUUAAAAAAAAUACCUCUGGGAGUAUUUAAAUCCCCUUCCCCAUAAAUAAAGUAUGCCUUUCUUAAUGGCAGAAGAAUGAAAACAGCAACUUCUAGCAUAUGAAUAUAUAGUCAGAUUGUUGGCAUACAGGAUAUGUAAGUUUUAGUGUACAAAAUAUCAGGCAAGAUGGGGAAGCAUAAAAGUUAUUUUGCUCGUAACUACUUACAGGCUAAUGUAAGUUUAGAAACUACAAUAUUAAGAAAAUUCUGAGUGCAAUUUUUUUUAAUUCCUAUACAUUCUGUAAGCUUUUCCUACACAUUCUGUAAGAAAUUUUAGUUACUGUUUCUGGCACUCAACAUGUACAUAUUAAUAACAGAAGUUAUGAGUUGAGCAAUUCUGUCUCAUUUUAGAUUUCCCAAAUAAUAUAGUGCCAUGGCUAGAGUAUUUGAAAAACUAAUUGAGCCUGUGUCAAGUGAUAAGACAAGCACUUAUUUGUACAUGAACGGUAUUUCAGGGAUAUGUAAAGUCAACGAAUUCCUACAAUUCUUCUACCUAAAAGCUUCAGAGCCACAGUUACUGCUACUCUGGGGAGUCUUCUACCUACAGCCUGAAGAAAAUGAGCAUAGCCUUUAAAUAAGUGACCACCUAUCCUGAAGAUGUGAUAUAUUAAAUGGAAAUGGAUGUAAAUAAAAUUCCAUUAUCUUA